GUGAUUGGUUCAAUCCCAAACAUAUUCCUAUUGGCUGUGUAGUGCACUAAGUAGGGUGUAACCGCUAUGACGCCACAGCCUAUGUAGUGCACUAAUAGAGAGAGUGAUGAAGUGUUUGGAAUCGAGCCGGAGAUUUCAGCACUACUGCGGCUUUCUUCAGCAUCCACACCCGAAGAAGAACACGAGGCACGAGUUCGCUAUGAAGUGAGUAACCAUGACAACCGGUUUACAUUUGAACACCUAUUACGCUAGCUAGCUAAAACGGAAAUGUACUGAGUGAUUUUAUCCGCCAUCUUGUUUUCCCUUUUUUUUUUUGGUUUUAAUGAGUCCAAUCUGGUCAGUUUGGAUGCUUUCACUGCAAUAUAAAAAAUAAAAAUUACAGUGUUAACGUUUAUAAAGCACAAACUAUCACUUUUAUUAACUAAAAUGGCUCCAUGUUCACUAUAUAAGUGCACUAAUUAGGGUAGAAAUAAUCACACACACUAGAGACUGGUGCAUUAUGGGCCGUGUGUGGAUUCAGCCGCCUUAAAAUUAUACUUUAUUUUAAUGUCAUUUUAUAGUUUUUUUUUUUUUUUAGUAUAUUUUAUAGUAAAUAUAUUAGUAUCUUAAUCCUUGAGUCCAUGUGGUGUUAAUGUAGCAUAUGGGGAGUUAAUUAGUGUGCAGUCUGGUUAAAACCGGAUUAACUGUUCAAUUUAAUCUGCUGUUACCUCAAUUUACACCUCAGUUCACAUCACAACCACAAAAGUGUUAAUUCAGUCCUUGUUUUCAUCUAAAUAUUAUUUUUGUAUGCCUAUAAACCUGAGAUUUAUUCAAAAUUUAUUCUAAAUGCCUUGUAUUGAACAAAGCACAGUACACAAGAAAAAGAAUACACACAUUAGUGACCAUAAUGGGCUUAAAAUCAUACUUUUUAUGUAAGGAAUACAAAAUAUUCUUCUCAUACCACAGCAAUUCGCCAACGAUUACAAUUUUUCACUAAUGCAACAAUCGUGUCAGUUUAAAGAUGUGCAACGUCCACGAUACAAGUCACUUCCUGUGGUCACUUACGUUAUAGCAGCUAUCAGUUUUGAACAGGAUGAUCGGCGUACGUUGUUAUUUUGUCUUCUGGGAAACAUGUAAAUGCCUUUUGUAGCUUCUGAAGGGCGGCACUAAAUAAAAAAAUAAGAUCUUUUAAACAAAAUAAUAACAAUAUACACCGAUCAUCCUGUUCAAAUGUUUACACCCCCCCUGGCUUUUGAGCAUCAGUGAACUUUUGCACCUUUUGUAAUAGUCGUGUUCGAGUCCCUCAGUUGUCCUCAGUGUGAAAAGAUGGAUCUCAGCAUCAUAUAUCCGCUGUUCAAAUUUAAAGGGUUCAAAUAUGCAGAAGAUGCUGGAAAAGUAGAGAAUGUGCAGGACCUGGAGGAUUUUUCUGAAGAACAGUGUGCAGUUUAACUGCUCAGGACAAACAAGAGACUCAUGAACAACUAUCACAAAACAUAAAAACAGUCGCUGAUCAUCAGGUGUUUGAUAGGCUGCCUGUAGCUCCGCCCAGUUAGUGGGCGGGACGUGGAGGGUGAACUUCCUCGCUGGUCAGUGCGCUACGUCAGCGAUGAAGUGAUCUCUCUGUAUCAUGGAUCAUGCUGAGUCUCGACCCGAUUCGUCCCACUCGGUGGAGGAAGAAGCUCCUGUGGUGGGAAACCAUGCUGAGCACUGUUCUGGUAAUCAGACAUUCCAGGAGUUGUUGAGUGAGGAGACGGAGGAGACGGAGGUGCAGAGAGCCGUACACACGAUGGACGCCUCCACCAACACGGAGCCGAAGCGACGAUGCUGUGGGUGGCUGAGGAGGCGGUGCCCGUGUCCCCCCCGCGGCCUGCUGGCGUCGCUUAUUACCAAAGCGUCCAUGGCUGCAGUGUUAUUCGGAGUGGUUUGGUCCGUCACUGAGGACGAGUGUCUCCCUGGAGGAAACCUGUUCGGCAUCAUCGCCGUGUUUAUCUGCUCUCUGAUUGGAGGAAAGCUGGUGGGACUCGUCCGUCUGCCCCGCCUCCCACCCCUUCCUCCUCUCCUGGGUAUGUUGUUAGCAGGUGUCCUCCUCAGGAACAUCCCCGUGGUAACGGCGGCCGUGUAUAUCAACUUCAGAUGGUCCGCCUCACUCAGAAACAUCGCCCUGGCUGUCAUUCUGACCCGAGCUGGCCUGGGAUUGGACGCUUCGGCGCUGAAGAAGCUGAAGGCGGUGUGUGUUCGUGUAGCUGUGGGUCCGUGUCUGAUCGAGUCCUCGACUGUGGCUCUGCUGUCUCACUUCCUCAUGGGACUUCCCUGGAUCUGGGGCUUCAUACUGGGGUUCGUUCUGGGCGCCGUGUCUCCCGCUGUAGUGGUUCCCUCCAUGCUGCUGCUGCAGAAGGACGGUUACGGGGCGGAGCAGGGCGUGCCCACACUGUUAAUGGCCGCCGGCAGCUUCGACGAUGUCCUCGCCAUCACAGGGUUCACCACCUGCCUCGGCAUCGCCUUCGCCACCGGCUCCACCUGGUUCAACAUCCUCCGAGGGCUUUUAGAGGUUUUAGGAGGGGUGGUUGUGGGCGUGGCCCUCGGUUUCUUCCUUCGUUAUUUUCCCAGCAAAGACCAGAAAGCUCUGGUGCUGAAGCGUUCCUUCCUGCUGCUCGGUCUCAGUGUGUUUGCUGUGUUCGGCUCUAACGUGGCCGGAUUCCCCGGUUCUGGAGGACUCUGUACACUCGUCCUCGCGUUCCUCGCCGGAACCGGCUGGGAAAAGAGCAAGGCUCCUGUAGAGGAGGUUGUAGGUAAGGUAUGGGACGUGUUUCAGCCUCUGUUGUUUGGGCUGAUUGGAACUGAAAUCAGCUUCGGUGCUCUAGAGCCCAUCACUGUGGCUCUGGGUCUCGCCGCUCUCAGCAUCGCCCUGACUGUGAGGAUCUCCUUCACCUUCCUCAUGGUGCUCUGCGCUGGAUUUAAUUUUAAAGAGAAGAUCUUCAUCGCUCUGGCCUGGAUGCCGAAAGCCACUGUUCAGGCUGCGAUUGGCUCGACGGCUCUGGACAUGGCGCGUGUGAAGCAGGAUGAGGAGCUUCAGCGUUUUGGUAUGGACGUGCUGAGCGUGGCCGUUCUCUCCAUCCUCAUCACUGCUCCACUCGGAGCGCUGCUCAUCGGCCUGUGUGGACCACGCCUACUGAGAAGACCCGCGAACCCCGAGUGGGCUGUAAGUCAGGGUACUCUGUCACCAUCAGAUGCCCGGGUCACCUACGAGAGUGCAAUCUGAGGCUUGUGGGACUUUCCAGAACAGGCUGUCAGAAGAUCAGUGACUCAGACCCUGGCUAUGUGACUCUUCUGUGUCUCCCCUGUGACUCCCUUUUGACUCCUCUGUGACUCAUAUCUGACUCUCCUGUGACCCCUCUUCCACAUUUCUGAGAAUCCACUCUGACUCUCCUGUGACUCCUAUUAGACUCCUCUGUAACUCCUCUGAGUGCUCUCUGACUCUUCCGUGACACUACUUUGUGUCUCCCUUGUGACUCCUUUGUGACUCUCAUGUGACAUUCCUGUGACUCUCCUCUGACUCCUCUGUGACUCUCCUCUGACUCCUCUCUGAUUCUUCCAUGACUCUCCUCUGCGACUCCUCUGUGUCUCCCUUGUGACUCCUCUGUGACUCUCCUCUGUGUCUCCUGUAUGUCUCCCCUGUGACUCCUCUGUGUCUCCUCUGUGACUCCCCUAUGACUCUCCUCUGACUGCUCUAUGACUCUCCUCUGACUCCUCCAUGACUCCUCUGACUCCUCCAUGACUCUCCUCCAUGACUCUCCUCUGUGUCUCUGUGAAUCUCCUCUGUCUCCUCUGUGUCUCCUCUGUGUCUCCUCUGUGUCUCCUCUGUGAAUCUCCUCUGACUCCUCUGUGACUCUCAUGUGACUCCUCUGACUGCUCUAUGACUCCUCUGACUCUUUCAUGACUCUCCUCUGCGACUCCUCUGUGUCUCCCUUGUGACUCCUCCGUGACUCUCCUCUGUGUCUCCUGUAUGUCUCCCCUGUGACUCCUGUGACUCCUCUGUGUCUCUGUGACUCCUCUGUGAAUCUCCUCUGUCUUGUCUGUGACUCUUCUCUGUGUCUCCUCUGUGUCUCCUCUGUGAAUCUCCUCUGACUCCUCUGUGACUCUCAUGUGACUCCUCUGACUGCUCUAUGACUCCUCUGACUCUUUCAUGACUUUUCUCUGUGACUCCUCUGUGUCUCCUGUAUGUCUCCCCUGUGACUCCUGUGACUCCUCUGUGUCUCAGUGACCCGUCUGUGUCAAACGGAUGAUGGAGUUCUGCUAUUUUUGUUUCUUAGCAUUUCUUUACAUUUAUACCAUAGAAUAUUUCAGGUUUACAUGUAUACAUGUUACUCUUGUUUACUUUAAGGCCUUUAUUGUUUUUUUAUCUAUGUUUCACUAGAUGAAGAGAUGAGUGAAAGUGGAAAAUAGAGACAAACACUAUUUAUAAUAUAUAAACGUAUAUGGAUGGAGGUCUAAAUGGGACUGUUGGAAUGUAUUUUUAUACACUUUGAGAAAUUCUUUAGUGUCUGUUUAAAUCUUUGUUGUAAUUAAACAAAGGGAUUAUGUUUUAAAGACAAACUAGUGUCAUGCUGGAAUUAUGCCAUUUUGCUCACAGCAUUGUAUCUGAGUGUAUUUUCAUAGUGUAAGAUAUAAUGAAACAGUGUUAAUCAGUUUUCCUCGGGUUAUCAUGCUGCUUUCGCUCAUACAGCUCCAUCAUCACUGAGAACUUCAUUUAUUUAUUUAUUUACUCCUGUUUCACUGCUGGAAUGAACACACUGUUGCUUUUUCAUUGUUUCUCAUGUGUUUUUAAUGGAUUGUUUUGUAUUUAUUAGUAUAUUAUUAUUGUAUAGACAUUGCUGUGUGUUACUCUGGUCUUUAUUUGUGGUUUUACUGCUAUAUUAGUACAUUUGAAGAUCAAUGUACAAUUACCUCAAUAGUGUACAAAUGUUAUCCUACAGAUGAAUCAUUCAGGAAUAAUGUCAUGGCUCUGGUCAGUAAUGACUCAGUGAAUCCAUUAAAGGAUUUAUUGACAAUUA